AGCGUUGUGGCUCAAGCUGCGCAGGGGAGUUAUUGCGAGGGACAGGAACCCUAGCUGCAAAAAAACGUGCAUGUAUUUUUAAUUUUAGAAAGAUAAAUAAAUAAAUAUCAUUAUAAUGCCUGGGAUGAUGGAUAAAGGGUCGGAUUACCUAGGGAAAGGUCGGUCUAACGGGACGAAAAGCCCCUCAAACGCCUCGAAUGGCCAUUUUUCUGAUGAGAGUGGCAGCGACGAAGAGCACGAUGUUGGAAUGCGUGUGGGAUCCGAUUAUCAAGCCAAUAUUCCUGAAUAUGAUCCUGGUUCUACCAAGUACAGUGAUAAAGACACAGGAGGCAUGUUAGUGUGGUCCCCAUAUCAUACUAUUGCGGACACUAAAUUGGAUGAAUACAUUGCCAUAGCAAAGGAGAAACAUGGCUAUAAUGUGGAGCAGGCUCUUGGCAUGCUCUUCUGGCAUAAGCACAACAUUGAGAAGUCCCUGGCAGACCUGCCCAACUUCACCCCUUUCCCAGAUGACUGGACGGUGGAGGACAAAGUGCUGUUUGAGCAAGCCUUCAGCUUCCAUGGCAAGAGCUUUCAUAGGAUCCAGCAGAUGUUGCCAGAUAAAUCCAUAUCAAGUCUUGUGAAGUACUACUAUUCAUGGAAAAAGACCAGAUCCAGGACAAGCUUGAUGGACAGACAAGCAAGAAAGCUGGCAAACCGAAGUAAUCAAGAUGAAAGUGAUGAGGAAAUGGAGGAGGCCAAUCCUAUCGAGGCAAACGACAGUGAUUAUGACCCUACGAAAGAGACGAAGAAAGAAAGCCAUGUUGAGCCACAGAUAAUGAGCUCUAAGAUCAGCAUGGGCCGGCGAGACCAUCAGACACUGCAGCAUCGACACCACUCACAACGCUCCAAGUGCCGUCCACCCAAAGGCAUGUACCUCACACAGGAGGAUGUGGUGGCUGUGUCCUGCAGCUCCACUGCUGCUAACACCGUCCUCCGACAGCUCGACAUGGAGCUUGUCUCUCUUAAAAGACAGGUCCAAAAUGCCAAGCAGCUGAACAGUGCUCUGAAACAGAGGAUUGAAUCUGGAAUAGAUGAACACCGCCUGCCUGAGUCCAACCAAAAAAUCAACGCACGCUGGACAACAGAUGAGCAGCUCCUAGCAGUUCAAGGAGUACGCAAGUACGGCAAAGACUUCCAGGCCAUUGCAGAUGUUAUUGGCAAUAAAACAGUGGGGCAAGUUAAGAACUUCUUUGUGAACUAUCGACGCCGUUUUAACCUGGAGGAGGUGCUACAGGAGUGGGAAGCCGAGCAGGGAACUCGUGCUCCCAAUGGAGACAGUUCAGCCGCUGGAGAGGAUGGAAAAAGCAGCUCCAAUCCACCUUCAGGAAAGAGCACAGAUGAAGAGGAAGAGGAGGGUCAGGUGACGCCUGUCUCUGGACCGUCUCCCAUAGCUGUAGCAUCACUGUCCAUGGCAGCAGCAAGCGGUAGCACCUCCUUGAAUCAGCCUCCACCUUUAUUACGGCCGUCUCUGCCAGCCACUCCUGCACUGCAUCGCCAGCCUCCACCCCUCCAGCAGCAGGCUCGUUUCCUGCAGCCUCGUUCGGCUCUGAACCAGCCACCGCCACUCAUUCGGCCUUCUAACCCACUCCCCCCACGCCUCAAUCCUCGCCCUGCUGCUCCAGCCAACACCGGCAUAGGUCCACAGCCCCCCACACUAGUGGGAAUCCCUUCUGAAAACCCAUCCUCUUCUCUGCACUGAGCAUGAGCAUUAUACCCCAAAUUGAGGAAGAGAAAGAAGCACUUGCAAAAAAUGUUGUUGUUGAAUUUGUGGUAUUGAUUUCUAUCACUUUUAUGUUAUCAUCAUCAGAGGACAGUACAGAUCAUGUACAGAUGAGAAAUUUAAACAAAAUCUAAGUGGAGAUAGUAGCGCGUGUUUCUGGUCAGCUUCUGUGCAUUUUGCCAUUGAUUUUCCAAGUCUCUGGAACAGUGCUGGAGUGAUAAACAUCAUUCCUUCAAAAAUAUUUCUCUGUUUAGUGUUUUGGUGAUGGUGGUGGAGAGUGCUGACAAAUCUGGUGCUCCAAAAUCUGCCACAGGUGUUCGGUUUGUUUGAGAUUUGUUGACUGAAGUCCAAAAAUUUACAUCAUAUUCACGCUAAUCAAUCACUGAGUCCUUGUGCCCUGUGGAUUUGGGUCUUUCUGCAAGAGACCCCUCACGUCGGGUUAGAUCUUCUUGUCAUAGCAAAAGUUUUCUAAGAAGUACUUUGUAUUGAUUCACAGCAACUCUUUUCUUUAAGGGAAAAGCCAAACCAUUCCAGAACAAGGCCCUUACAGCAUUAAAGAUCCAUUGGUUUUCUUUGAAUUUGUCACCAAUUUGCAUGUAACCUUUAGCCUUUGACUGAUAUGUGUAUAUUAUGUUUAUUUAAAUAUUGUGUAACUGACCCUUUUAAAAUGUUUUACUCAAAACAUGUUGCUCUUAUGACUUCAUACGAGUGGCAAAACACAACUCCUUCGUUCUAAAAAUGUGUUUGCUGCAAACCAAAUGUCCAGGGAGUUGAGCUGGGCUUGAUCCAACUCCUAUAACCCUAAUCCGUGAGACACUCUACAACACAGAACAAUACACUUAUCCAGACUGAAACACAGAGUUGUCUCUGCCUCCUGGACUUUUGGCUCAAAUCUGAUGCAGGCGGAACUGAAUUAGUUCAGACUUCCCCAUUGGACUUACAAUACAGCAGUUACUGGUAUUUGCUCACAGUCAGAUAGUGAGUGAGGUGUUUUUUUUUUUUUUUUUUUUUUUAAAGGACUAAUCAAGUCCUUCAUUUUCCUGAUGUAAGUGUUCAGUGCACAUUUUUUUGUGACACUCUUGUCAUGUGUAUAUAAACAUUAUUUAUUUUUAUACUUGGUGCUAAUGACUACAGACAGAUUAAUGCCUAAUGUCCAGAUCUUGCGCCAUAAAAGUGCUCUUAAAGUUUAAGAGAACAUCAUGUUUGUUUUAAAAUGGACAUUUCAGUCUUUAAACAUUGUCACAAGUCUCGAGUCUCUCCGCAAACUACUGUGGACAUUACAUGAUGAUGAAUGGCCAAUUGAUUUUCAUUGAGCAUGGUAAUUAAUAGCCUGGAUUACAAUCUUGUUGAUUAUGAACAUUAACAACUGACAUCAAGGGGUCUCAACGUUAAUUAAGAAAUUUUAUGUAAUAUUCAAAUAUUAGUCAUAAUUUUUUGGUUUCAUCUUCAAACUGUUAUGGUCCCAAUAAUUGUACAAAUCAUAUUACACAUACAGAUUCCAGGAGACAUUAUUUGAGUUAUUGAGGUUUGACAUGUUGAACAGGCUAAUAACUAAUAAUAGGUAUCAGAACUUUGGUGUUUUCACCACUGUAAAAAAUUUGAUAGUCAUGGCCCCCCUGAUCAUAUAUGUCACUUGUCAUCUUGUGCAGUCAUUUCCAUCCAACUGUUAUUAUUUAUUUGUACAUGUUGGUUGUUGCUUUUGGGAUCAUUGGAUAGAAUAGCAGAUGAUUGAACCAGAGAUUAAGCUGUUGACUAGGUGAGUGAGUUCAGUCCAACGCUGGUAGUUCCAUUUCUUAUUGCACCCUGUAGCAUUAAAUUAUGUACCUUUUUUAUGUGGAUAUGUUAUUGAUAUGUUUAUUUGCCUAUUCAAAAAAUGGAUACUUGUUCUUCAUUUUAUAAUCUUCACUGUUUUGCUGUAAUUCCACUUUGUUUUGUUAAUUCAGUCUGUAGAGAUGUUGGGUUUGUGUUGUUCCUGCAUGUCACUAUGUUCAUAAAUUCAUUGCUGUGUAUGUAUUUUAAUCAGUUUGUGUUGUAUUUUAUCUCAUAUAUGCCAACUUUAUAGUUUCUUUCAUGUGUAAAUUUGGUCCCUUUUUACACAGUUACCUCUUAGAAUGUCAAAAUUAUUUAUAGCAUUUAAGUAGAAGCCACUUUCUUAGCGGGUUAAUUUUUUUCCCUGUAACACUUGACAGACACAAUGUGUACUUCCUCUGCAUUUCAGGCAUUAAAGCAGAAGUGUCCACACUAAA